AUAAAAGAAAUAAUCCUCAUAAAGAAAGGUCCUCAUCAAUUCCUCUUCUUCGUCGAUUGGCUCUCUCACCGCCGCUGCGCUCGACGCCGGUCUCCAAUAUUGCCGCACCUCACCGCCGUCCCUCGUGCCAGUCACCGCCUACGCUGCCACAGAUCGCCGCCAUACACAGUACCCGUGCGUGCGCCAUCGAAGAGGCCACAGGACCAGGACGAGGCGACGCCCAGGCCCGCCGGGUUCAAGACCGAGGAAGAGGAGAAUCAAGAAUCCAGGACCCCAUAGCAUCGAUUUCAGUACUACCCACGACUCCUACUCUGCUCCUCUCCAGAAUUUUAGUCCACCUCUGCUAUGCACCCAAUUUCAGUCUCCUUCCAGCCUAUCACUGCAACCCCUGCAAACAAACUCAUCCGAAGGAGCACUGUUGUGAGGAAUCCCCUUGAUUUUGGAAAGUUCCGAAGAAUUGGAAGAAAUAGUAGAAGCCUGGCCAUGAAUUGCAAUCCAGAUUCUGCUUUUGGUUCAGAAACGUCGUCUGGAGGAGACAAUUUUACUGUGGGGGAGAAGGAUGCUGUAGUCAUUGUAGAUCACGGGUCACGGCGCCAAGAAUCCAACCUCAUGCUAAACGACUUUGUUGCGAUGUUCAGGGCGAGGACUGGUUACAAGAUUGUUGAGCCUGCUCAUAUGGAGCUGGCUGAACCUACUAUUAAAGAUGCAUUUGGAAAAUGUUUGCAACAAGGAGCAUCCCGUGUUGUCGUUAGUCCAUAUUUCCUUUCUCCUGGAAGACACUGGAAGCAAGACAUCCCUGCUUUAGCAGCAGAGGCAUCUAAGAAGCACUCAAAUAUACCCUAUAUUGUCACUGCUCCUCUUGGACUCCAUGAACUUAUGGUGGAUAUUAUGAAUGAUCGCAUCAAGUACUGCCUGAGACACGUUGCAGGCGAUGUGGAUGAGUGUAUGAUAUGUGCUGGAACCGGAAAGUGCCGCCUUUACUCCUAACAGCUGAUACCUGGGACUGGGAGGCUACUCGUUCCGUAUUUAUUAUUGUGCAUAUUGCAGUAUAGAACCUGAAAUAGUUGCUGCAAUGGUAUGCCACUUGGUUUCUCGGCAUUACCAAUUGGUCUGAGCAAAUACUUUUCUCUUGUAUGCAAUUGCACGAGUGUUUAUUCUGGUUCCUUAUUUCCACCAUGCAGCCAGAAGUUCACAUUGUAAUACUGAUCUCAACAGUUUUGUUCAGCUUGUAAAUCUGGGCUGUCAUAUUCUGAGAAUGCAGUCGGAAUCAGUCAAAUGGGACCAAACUAGCUUUAGAUA